AAUUCGGCAAUAAUGACAAUUUACAAUAUGAUUGAAAUCGUGAAAGUCACUAUACAUUACGUGUUAUUAGUUACGUAAAUUUAUCGGGAAACCCUCGGGAACAUUUUCUAUAAACUCGUCAUAUGACACGGGGAAGUUCUGUCUACACUUAAAUUGGAAGAUUCGGUAUUCUAAAUUUAGUGACAGCGCACAGGUUUUCAGAUGAUGUUCUAGUUUCAUUUUCAUAGUGUCAAAUUAUUAAAAACAUGGCUGAAAAUGUACCCGGCAGGAGACCAGAAAAAAAUACAAUCGAAUAUGACGCGGAGUUAGUAGAAGUACUUCUGUCAUCAGCAAGAGCGGGCCAAUGGCAAAAUGUCUGGCGCAUUCUUGGAGAGCCCGAGAGGCCAUUGAGAGACAGGCUUUUCAACGUUAUUCCAGAAAAUCGACGUUGGGGAAUAUUACAUCAAGCAGUUUAUUGGAACAAAGAAGAUGUAAUACGAAAGCUUUUAAGAUAUCAAGCAUGCGAUAAGAAUAUACUUGCCAAACAGUGCACAUCUGAAUGCGGCAGGACAGAUCGAAUGAACGCUGAGCAGAUUGCCCAGGCAUAUGGAUAUACUGGGAUGUCUGGCAUUCUUUCUACACACAAAAAUUCUGUUAAAGCACAGCAGACACCAACAUUUCAGUCUGUUGACAAUUAUACACAGGGGGAAGGUCUUGGGCUGAUAACUGUUUCGCUUGCUGCGUAUAAGAAAACAUUUCACCCCACAACAAUAGAUCCUAACAAAUCUGUCAUUACGGUUCUUGGUGAUAUCUUUAACGACAUAAAUCGAUCAGAUUGUCGUUGGAAAGAAGUUAGAGACAAAGUCUGCGACGCAGUUUUCGUGGUUUGUGAAGAAAAUUAUAAGAAGAUAAAGAGCAGCAAAAGCCGCAACGAAUUUUUCGAAGCUAUUAUAAACACGUACACGAUGGAGGAGAACUAUAUGUACACGUAUUUAAAUAUUGCGUUCCGAAGACAAAGGGAGACAUCAUAUUUACCCACUGGAAAUGAUCUGUCGCUUGGACCGUACGCUGUCAUGUAUCAAAUGCUUCUGUUAUUUUGGUCAGAGUUACAACGGGAAAGUAGAACAACAUACAGGAAAAUGUUGUUGACGCAAGCAGAUUGUGACCAAUAUGUCAAUGGGAAACGGUUUGUUUGGCAGUCAGUCGUAUCAUCGUCCACUGAAAUGAAAAACGCUAUACCUUUCCCUACAUGCGGGCAAGAAGGAGAACAAUCAGUUAUUUUCACUAUUGAUAACAGAGCAAACAGCCAAUGGCAGCCCCGAAAUAUUGAGAAAUAUGCCAUGUACAUGAAGCAUGAGAGAACCUACCCAGCUGGUGCCAAGUUUCAAGUUACAGGGAGAUCUGUAAAAGAUGCUGAGACCCACGUCUCCCUCAAGCUUCUAACAAACUGAAAAUUGAGAAAUGUUUUGAAUUUGUGAAUUUCAAUCGUACUCAUGUCAACAUUUUGACCAAUUGUAUAAUUUAAUAAAUAGCUGAAAAA